CAGGUCGACAAAUCCAUCACAAUGGCUCGCGGACCUAAGAAGCACCAGAAGCGCCUUAGCGCGCCCUCGCACUGGCUGCUGGACAAAAUGUCCGGCACCUACGCGCCCAAGGCCUCCCCCGGUCCUCACAAGCUCCGGGACUGCCUGCCCUUGAUCGUCUUCAUCCGUAACCGUCUGAAGUACGCCCUCAACGGUCGCGAGGUCAAGGCCAUCAUGAUGCAGCGUCUGGUCAAGGUUGACGGCAAGGUCCGCACCGACACCACCUACCCCGCUGGCUUCAUGGACGUCAUCUCUCUCGAGAAGACCGGCGAGCACUUCCGUCUCAUCUACGACACCAAGGGCCGUUUCACCGUCCACCGCAUCCAAGCUGAGGAGGCUGAGUUCAAGCUCUGCAAGGUCAAGCGUGUUCAGCUUGGCAAGGGCGGGAUCCCAUUCUUGGUUACGCACGAUGCGCGAACCAUCCGCUACCCUGACCCCGCGAUCAAGGUCAAUGACACCGUCAAGGUUGACAUUGCCACUGGCAAGAUCUCCGACUUCGUCCGCUUCGACACCGGUGUUGUCUGCAUGGUUACUGGUGGUCGUAACAUGGGUCGUGUCGGUGUCGUCACUCACCGUGAGCGCCACGAUGGUGGUUUCAACAUCGUCCACGUUAAGGACGCCAUUGACAACACCUUCGCCACCCGUGAGUCCAACGUCUUCGUCAUCGGCCAGGACAAGCCCUGGAUCUCCCUGCCCAAGGGCAAGGGUGUCAAGCUCUCCAUCUCUGAGGAGCGUGACCGCCGCCGUGCUAACGUUAUUGCCGCUUAA